UAUUAUAAUCAUAAUUUAAUAAUGGGUAAGAACCAUAAACAUUUAAAACGCCUAAAAUCUGAAAAGGCAAAAAUAAAAUUAAAAAUAACGAAGACAAAACAUCUACCAAAAGGAUUAAAUAUCACAGAUACAUCAUUUAAAAUUAAAAAAAUUUUAAUACGAGAACAAUUUAAACAACAUGAUGAAAUGGAAAUACUUAGUAAAAGAAAACUCAAUGUUAAGGAUUUGUUAUUACGUUUACAACAUCAUAAUUCAACAGUUCGACAAGAUGCUGUAAAGGAAUUAAAAGAAAUUUUAUCAGAACAUACUGUAAAAUUAUUAAAUUCACAAUUUGGUUCUCUUUUGCAAGGCAUUUGUGCUUUGUCUCUUGAUAAAGAGAAAGAUAUAAGACGUAAUUCUUUGAAAGUUUUGAGUCUAAUUCUUGGUCCAAUUUCUAAUGAUCAGCUUAAUCCAUAUUGUGAUAUAUUGAUUUCUUAUUUAAGAUGUGCUAUGACACACAUAGAUUCUCAUAUUAAAGAAGAUGCUUUACUUUUUUUGGAUGUGCUUGUACAAAAUUGUAAUAACAUUUUAGCAAAAAAUAGUUAUAAAAUAUUGCCAAAUUUUUUAGACAUGAUUUCUAAAUUGCAUACAGAAAUGAAACCUGGAAGACAAUUAGUAACAACUUUAAAUUCCAAAAACACUAAUAUUAAAUGGCGGAUAAAAGUAUUGGAGAGACUUACUACUAUGUUUAAUUCUAUUGUUACUUAUUUUAAAUUUCAACAGACUAUUAGUUUAGAUGAAAAUAUAAAAGUUAUAAAUGUGAAUAAAAAUAUUAGAUAUGUUCCUAUUUAUAUGAAAACAAAUAUUCAAAAUUAUGAAAUUGAUUUUGAGAAAUUUAACAAUUUGGAAAAAAAUAAUAUUGAUAACAGUUUGAAUGCAGAUAAAUUUAUGAAAUAUGUAGAAUUAUUAAUGCCACUUAUACUUGAGAGUUGGAUUGAAGUAUGUCCAAAUGAUAAAAAUGUAGAGAAUUCUACACUUUUAAUUUCUAUAGAAGCAUUAGAAUUAUUAAAAAGUAUAAUAGGAAUAAUACAAUUAAUAAUUGAGUGCAUAGAUAUUUUGCAUACAGAAUGUGAUAUAAAUAUGAAAUUUUGGUUUAAAAAUAAUUUUGAGAAUUCUUAUACGAAAAAUUUAUUUUUGAAAUUUCCAUAUAAUAAAUUAAAUGUAGUUGCAAAUUUUCUUUCUUCAUUAAAAAAUAAGAAACGUCAACAAGAUUUUUCUAUGGAUGAAUCAUAUGAUGUUUGUUUAGGAUAUAACUUAGGAAUUUGUCAAAUUUAUGUAUGGUUUACAUCCAUAGAGAAAGAUGAUAAAAUUAUGUCUAAAUUAAAUAAAAAUUAUUGUAUAUGUGUUAUUAAAUAUUUAAAUGAAAAACUUGAAAAUUGGUCUGAUACAAAUAAUGUUGCAUUACCACAAUUGAUUAAACUUUUAAGAAUAUUAUUUUUAAAAGCAAGUAAAAUUUGGUAUAAAAAUCAUUUUGAUUUGAGUAAAACCUUACAAUUAGUUGUAAAUAUAUGUUGUAAUCAAUUUAAAAAAGAAAUGCAAUUACAAUUAUUUUCUGUCAUUAGUGACAUAAUGUUAGAUCAUACUUUACAUGAAUUGCAUAGGGAAAAUGCAUUUAAAAAAUUUAUCUCAACUUUGCCAAAUUUUUUGUUAAAACCAAAAAUACAUGAAAAUACAAUACAAAUAAUAAAUAAGAUUGUGCUUCGUUAUAGAGAUUGGAUUCAGAAUGAACUUGUAAUAAAUUAUAAAGAUAUUAUAGAAAAUGCUAAAAAAAUUGAAAUCAUUGGAUCUAAAGAUGACAAAAAAUCUCGUCUUAUGAUAUGUAAUUUGUUUUAUUUCAUGAAUACUCAAAUUUUCUAUUGAGCAAAAAAUAAAUAUACAUAUAUAUGAUAAAUACAUUUUAUAUUGUAUUAAAAUUUUUUAUGAAAAAACAAUAUAUUUUAUGAUGUUAAUAAAUUAUUAAAUAUCAUUAUAUUACAUAUUUAUAUAAUUAUACAUAUAAAAACGUACAAUAAUUACGUAUAUAAGUAAAUGUUAUUUUACAGAUAAUUAUUUUGAACUUCAAAAAUAUUUUAUGUAAAUAUAUUAUUAUUAUUGAAAAUUUAUAAUUUAAAAUAUAUUUCUAAAAUAAGAUUUAAAAUCUAGUUAUCAUAUUUGUAUUUUGUGGUAUUUCAUCAUCUACAUAUGUAUAAUUAUCAAAUGCAUAUAAGUCAUUAUUUUUUUUAGAUGAUUCUAUUGUUUCAUGAAAAUUAUUGCUUUUUAAAUUGUUUUUUGUUUUAUUAACAUAAAGUUGUUCUUCUGUAUAUGCUACAUUAAUGAUAUUUUCUACACUCGGUGUUAAUGGUAACAUUGGUAAUUCUUUACUAAGUAUUGGCCAAUUUAAAUUAUGCUUUAAUUCGUGUUCUAUUCUUAAAUAUUCUUUUUUAGACUUCUCAGGUUUAUAAAAUUUCGAUUUCAAUUUUCUCUCAAUUAAAUAAUCUAUGACAAAUGAUUCAACGAAAAGACAAACUACAAAGUUCGUAAAAGCGAGUACUAAAAUAAUAAUUCUCCAAUCGAACAUUGGAGGUACAAGUAAUUGAAGUAAAUUUAUUAUCCAAUUUGCAGGAUAAAUUGUGAUAUAGGUACAAAUGAUGGUUAACAUAAUUAUAGAAAACGUGAAUGCAAUAUUUGUAUAAAUUUCUUUGCGAUAUGGUUUUCCACGUGAAAAUAUUAUAGCCAUUGUUAUGUAUUGAAACAUAGAAACACAAUAAACUGAAUAAUUUUCAUAA